ACGUGUCCCGCGAGUGAGGCGCGUCGCAAAAGGUCGCGGCAGAACUUCUCUGCGCUUUUCAGACCAUACGCUUUACGGUACUAGGCAUUGCUGAGCUGGGAGAUGUCGGCAGCGGGUUGGGAGGAACCGUGGGGUCCUCCCGGCGGCUUUGCGAAGCGGGUCCUGGUGACCGGCGGUGCUGGUUUCAUUGCAUCACAUAUGAUUGUCUCUUUAGUGGAAGAUUAUCCAAACUAUAUGAUCAUAAAUCUAGACAAGUUGGAUUACUGUGCAAGCUUGAAGAAUCUUGAAACCAUUUCUAACAAACAGAACUACAAAUUUAUACAGGGUGACAUAUGUGAUUCUCACUUUGUGAAACUGCUUUUUGAAACAGAGAAAAUAGAUAUAGUACUACAUUUUGCUGCGCAAACACAUGUAGAUCUUUCAUUCGUACGUGCCUUUGAGUUUACCUAUGUUAAUGUUUAUGGCACUCACGUUUUGGUAAGUGCUGCUCAUGAAGCCAGAGUGGAGAAGUUUAUUUACGUCAGCACAGAUGAAGUAUAUGGUGGCAGUCUUGAUAAGGAAUUCGAUGAAUCUUCACCCAAACAACCUACAAAUCCUUACGCAUCAUCUAAAGCAGCUGCUGAAUGUUUUGUACAGUCUUACUGGGAACGAUAUAAGAAACCUUACGUUAGAAAAAAAUCUCUUCCCUUUGACCUUAAGUUUCCAGUUGUUAUCACAAGAAGCAGUAAUGUUUAUGGACCACAUCAAUAUCCAGAAAAGGUUAUUCCAAAAUUUAUAUCUUUGCUACAGCACAACAGGAAAUGUUGCAUUCAUGGGUCAGGGCUUCAAACAAGAAACUUCCUUUAUGCUACUGAUGUUGUAGAAGCAUUUCUCACUGUCCUCAAAAAAGGGAAACCAGGUGAAAUUUAUAACAUCGGAACCAAUUUUGAAAUGUCAGUUGUCCAGCUUGCCAAAGAACUAAUACAACUGAUCAAAGAAACCAAUUCAGAGUCUGAAAUGGAAAAUUGGGUUGAUUAUGUUAAUGAUAGACCUACCAAUGACAUGAGAUAUCCAAUGAAGUCAGAAAAAAUACAUGGCUUGGGCUGGAGACCUAAAGUGCCUUGGAAAGAAGGAAUAAAGAAAACGAGUAAGUUAUCAAUUAAUCAUUUUGGGGUCAAGUCAGGAAAAUGUAAAGGAAAAACAACUUAUUUCCAGAACAUUAUACAAACCAGUGGAAUACUAUGUUGAAUCAUUUGUACUUUUCAGAUUGCCACAUUUCAUAUAUUUCUGGUAAUAGUCCUGUGUUUCCUAAGCAUCUUGAAUUUUAUAAACCAACUUCUGAUCAAUCUUGCCAUAUCUUGUUAGCAUUAAUCAAACACCUAUAUUGUUUAUUCUGAGGUACAUAUUUUUUCACUUUCUUCACACUCCUAAAAGGUAUGUCUUUUUGUAAUCACUAGUGUCUUGUAUUUAUUAUUGUAGCUUUUUUCUUUUUUACAUGUAUGUAAAAUAAUGAUCCGUCAGUAGCAUCUUAGAGUUCGUGAAAUAGAGCUGCAGUCUUUUUUGUAUCUUGAGGCUUUUUAUAUUGAAACCAACAAAGGUAAUACAUUUAGUAUGUGCAGAAAAAUCUAUUAAAAUAAGUGCUUAUAAAGUCUGUGUAUAUAUAUUAAAGCUCUAUUUAGAAAUGUAUUCAUGAGAAAAGAUCUACCCAGAUGUAAAAAAAAAGUUUUGAUUCAUAGCUUGAAAUACAAAAUACUUAAGUCAAAUACGAAAAAUCAAAAAACAAUUUAAAACUAUCAGGUUUCUUUAAACUAAAAAAGCUUUUACUGAUAGUAUAGCAAUAUAAAAUAAUUUAACAUAUUACUGGAAGAAAGGUGCUGGGCACAGUGGCUCACAUCCGUAAUCCCAGCACUUUGGAGACCAAAGUGGGAGGAUCACUUGAGGCCAGGAGUUCAAGACCAGCCUGGGAAAUAUGGCACGACCCUGUCUCUACAAAAAGUAAAAGAAAAUCAGCAGGACAUGGUGGCACAUGCCUAUAGUCCUGGCAAUUUAGGAGGGUGAGGUAGGUGGAUCUCUUGAGGCCAGGAGUUUGGGCCUAUAGUGAGCUACGAUCACACCACUAUACUCUGGCCUGGGUGACGAGACCCCAUUCUCUUAAAAAAAAAAAAAAAUGCAAGAAAGUUCACAUCAACUCAUUGUGACUCUGAUGCAGUGUUAUCAUAUUUAUAUGACCAAACACUGUAUUAUACUUUUUUAUAUAAAAUAAUCUUAUAAUCAGAGCAGAUGACUUAUUUCCCACACCCCAAAUUCCUUAAUAUCAGAAUGUCUUAAAUAUUUAUACCAACAAGUUCAGUAUUGCAUGACUUUUGAAGUUAAAAAGAAAAAAAAUCAUUGAUUUUUAAUUAUAAAUUUUUUAGGUGAUUUAAAUGUCUUCUGAUUGACUUCAUUGUUAAGUUCAAAAUCAAAUUGUUUACAUCAUUAGGCAGCCCUUGUCUGCUGCUUAGCUGAUGGGCAAGACUUAGCUAGCAGGAACUCAGUAAAUGUUGGUUAACUGAUGUUUAGUUUUUUCUUUUUUUGUCUUUUGUUUUUUCCUAUGAGUUGAAUGGUACAGAGAGAAUUUUCACAACUGGAAGAAUGCGGAAAAGGCAUUAGAACCCUUUCCGGUAUAAUCACCGUUUAUAUAGUCAAGACAGUUGUCAAAGAAGAAAAUUAUCCUACCUCUACAAGUGGUAUGAAAUUAAGUGACCAAAUGAAGUGCUCUCUUUUCAUUUGAAAUUAGAUUCAUGACUUUUUGUAUAAUAUUCAAAUGCAGAAUGCCUCAAUCUUUGGGAGAGUUUCAGUACUGGCAUAGAAUUUAAAUGUCAAAAUUCUUUCUGAAACCCUUUCUCCUGGAAACUAGGAAAUAAUAGGUGUGGAAGACUCUCCCUACGGGUAGCCAGGAAGAAGUCCUCCUGGUUCCGACAACCAUGAGGGGUAAUGGUGCUAGGCAGAUGGCAACCUUCGCUGGUUUUGAGCUCAGUCAGCUUCCCAGCCUUUCCCAGCGCCUAAGAAAGUCUCUGAAAUGUUCGUUUUUAUGCAAUAUAGGAUGAGUCUUAUAUCCUAAUUCACCUUUUCUUUUUUUAAGAUCUGAUAUGCUAUCAUUGCCUUAGUAAUGGAACAAAAUAAAAGCAUAUCUAGCACUUUUUAACUUUUGAUAAUUUUGUAAAAUUGAUUACGUUGAAUGCUUUUUAAGAGAAGGAUGUAAAGUUUUUAUAUUUUCACAAUUAACCUAUGUAAAACCUUAUAUCAGAAAUUUAUCAUGUAUUUACUGUUUAAAAUGAUUUUAUUUAUAAAAUUGUCAAUAUCUUAAUGUAUUUAAUGUAGAAUAUUGCUUUUUAAAAUAAUAUGUUUUUAUUUUGCUGUAGAAAAAUUAAAAAAAAUUUGAUUAU